AUGACGGAUUAUAUAUCCGCGGAACUUGCGGCAACUUGUGAUGCGCUCGGUUAUCAUGACGGUGCUACCUAUCGUUUGGAUCCUGAUGCUCUAGAUGUAAUAAAAGAUUUAAUAAAAUACUUGAAGAGAGACGAUGACACACAUACAAUUCGUCGUUACUUAGGUCAAACAAAAUUUUUGGAAACAGAUCUGAUCCAAAUUUUCUUUGAUGAUUAAUUUAACAAGUCCAGCAUUGAUGGUAUACAAUGAAGAGCUCCCGGCUGAAAGAACAAAUCGUAAUUAUUAUUUACAAUUAGUCAGCUAUUUGCAAGGUUACAAAAAAGCAUUGACAGAUGAACGUGUGUGGACAGUGGUCAGCAGUCGUCUGGGAAAAAUAUUGAAAAUAGAUACUAGUGAAAGAGGUGAAGAAAACGAAUUAAUCAUCGAGAGAAUUCUAACAUUAAUUAGGAACGUUCUUCAAGUACCUCCACACGACAAUGACAAACGAGCUGACAAUGAUGCCACAGUUCACGAUGAGGUUUUGUUUGCUCUCCAUGCGUCUGGUAUCGUCGAUCUUUUGUUAUUUAUUGCGAGUAACAGCAGCGAGCAACAGUUCCACGUACAGAUUAUUGAGAUAAUCGCAUUGAUGUUACGUGAACAAAAUGCUAGUAAAUUAGCAGUAGUUGGCCUGGAAAGAACUGCCGAAGAAAAAGCACGCGAGGAGGCUAAAUUAUUGGCUGUAAGGCAAAAAGAAAUAACUGAGAAGAUGGAAAAAAUGAAAAAGUACAGCGGCUCGAGACAUUCCAGAUUUGGGGGUACAUUUGUGGUGCAGAAUAUGAAAGGUAUUGGAGAAAAUCAAUUGAUUUGUCACAGACCAUUUGAUAAGAUCGAGGCAUUUGAAUUUUCACGAGAUAAAACCAAGAUGAAGAAGCCCAAAAAUCGUGUUUUCGUUGAGCCAGCAGUGGAGGAACGUAUGUCAGCACUUAGCGUACGAUUAUUUCUAAAAGAAUUUUGCGUGGAAUUUCUAAUUGGUGCUUACAAUCCUGUAAUGAGAUACGCAAAGUCCUUUAUAAUCGGAGAUAGUGCAGAUAAGUCUGACGGCAUUCAUUACUUUUGGGCAUUACGUUUCUUCAUGGAGUUUAACCGCCAUUACAAGUUCCAGGUGAAGUACGUGAGUGAAACUAUUUCAACCGAAACAUUUUAUUUAGUUCAAAGACAAAUGGACCAAUAUUAUGAACUGCUGAUGGCAGAUAAAAAAAAACCGACAUACUGGUUACGACGUUUACAUGAAGCUUUAAAAGCUUAUCAGGAACUUCUCCAUACGUUGAGUUGGAUGGAUAAAAGUCUCGACAAGGAUGUACGAGAUUCCAGCAAGGUCAUUAAGAGUAAUAUAUUUUACGUACCAGAAUAUCGAGAAACGAUACUCGGGCAGCUUCUAUCGUACAAUGGGCUUAAAAUGUCGCGAAAUUAUUUGGUGGAUUUAGUUACAACAACCCACCUUUUUGUCAAAAUGUUGGAGCAAUUUUGCGACAAAAGUCGUAAUGUAAUGGUAGCAAAAACAAAAGCAAAAAAGCGUAAAGGAACCAAGAAAAAAACCAAGCAGAAAAAAGAACAAGAGCAAACAGCCGCGGUACAGAAAAGCUUAGAUGAACGUUGGGAUGACGCGGGUCCAGAGUUAUCUGCUGUUAUGCAAGAGGGUAUUAUACCAGACGUUGUACCUUUUGAUGCUACUUUAGAUACUCCAAUUGAAGAUCAAAAGAGCAACGCUAUGAAAAAAAUCCAAAAGUUACUUCGCAAAAAGGAUUUCGAGGAAGCAGUGGGUCUAUUACGAGCAUCGAGACAAGUUUGGCCUGAAAAUGAUUGCUUCGGUAAACCAGACAUCCCGGUUGAAGAAGAAUUUCUGGCUCUUCGUGAGAUAUUCUUUGCUGAUCUUGGUGGUGAGUA